GUUUAUUUGAUGCAAUACUCUUGAUAAAAAUACACUUGACUCCUGGAAGACAAACCUGAUCAGACUUAAGGGUACACUUGCCAGCCUUUCUUCAAAGUCCUGAAACAAUACAGAUUCUCACCAGUAUCUUUCAGUGUUGAUUCUUUUCUGUGUGUUAUGUUUAAUGUUGUGGUACCUGAAUAUGAGAGAUGUGAAAAUUGCGUAUAAACGCAGCUAUACAUAAAUUUUCACAAACCACUCUAUCUGUCUCUUAUCUAUCUUCAUUCGGGUACCACAACAGUAAACAUAAUAUUGACCCAAGAGCCUAGUCCAGAAAUAACCUUUUUUUAACCUCUGUCCCUGGUGGUUGAACAAUGCCCUGUAUCGAGUGACUUCUAGGAAAAGAGGUAGGAUUAGGUUUCGGUGUUGAUCCUCGGCUCAGGUUAAACCCUAUAUAUACACCUGGGCAACAACACUUCGGUAGCUUAAGCGGCACGCGGCGGUGGGAGCUGUUUUCCCUUUUAGAACUCUUCGCGGAGUGUUAAAGAAAAGCGACUACUUUUCCCAGCAAGCUCUGCGGAAGAAAGUCCCGGCCUGGGCUGCUAACCGAGGCUAUAUAAGCCCUUCGGGCGGCGCGGGUUUCAGACACUUGCCGGUGGCUGUCGUGGUUGCGAAGCUGGUGGCGGCUCUUUUCCUUCUGACGCUGCAGCGCGCUGUUGUUGUUCCCGUUUAUUCUCCCUUAGAACGAGCUCCUUUCCAAUGAGGCCGAACGAGGCGUCCGAGGCGCCCGCUCUGGCGGCGCGCCUGGAGGAGCUGAAGCGUCGGGCGGCCGAGUGCAUCGAGGCGUCGUCGGAGCGGCUGGCCGAGCUGAGCCGCGAGAUCUGGAGCCGGCCGGAGCUGGCUUACGAGGAGCGCCAGGCUCACGACGCCCUCGCCCGCUUCUUCGCCGGCCUGGCCCCGGGGUCCUCGGCGGCCGGCGCUUGGCUGGUGCAGCGCAGCUACAAGCUGGAGACGGCCUUGCGGGCGGACUGGCAGUGGGGCGGCGAGGGAGACGCCGCGGGGGCUGCUCCUGCCGCCGCCGCCGCCGCCGAGGACGGGCAGAAGGCGCCCCUCCGGCUGGGCUUCUUGUGCGAGUAUGACGCCCUGCCGGGCAUCGGCCACGCCUGCGGCCACAACCUCAUCGCCGAAGUGGGUGCCGCCGCCGCGCUGGGCCUGAAGGGCGCCCUGGAGAGCCUCCGCCCGAGCGGAGCCGCCGACGGACUGUCCCGCCACGUCCCCGCCGUCAAGGUGCAGGGUGGGUGGGAGAGGGGGAGAAGCUGCGCCCCGCAUCUUUUGCCUUCAACCCACAACCUUUCCGAGCCCCCUCUUUUUCUUUCCUUUUUUGGGGGGGCGGGUGGGCUCGCUGGGACGCUGCUGCAGUUCUCACCAUGCCCAUUCUUUGCGUCUUGUUUUCGCAAAGUGCCCUAGAAAGAUCUCUGGAGGUGUACAGUGGUACCUCAGGUUACAUACGCUUCAGGUUACAUACUCCGCUAACCCAGAAAUAGUGCUUCAGGUUAAAAACUUUGCUUCAGGUUGAGAACAGAAAUCGUGCUCCGGUGGCACGGCAGCAGCAGGAGGCCCCGUUAGCUAAAGUGGUGCUUCAGGUUAAGAACAGUUUCAGGUUAAGUACGGACCUCCGGAACGAUUACGUACUUAACCCGAGGUACCGCUGCAUAUGCAACUUUUAAACCUAUGGGUAAAUAAAGAAAGACCCUCCGGUAAAGAGAGUGCCACGUCCCGCACCCCUGGAUGCUUUGGUAUUUUGCUGCUCUUCCUGACCCACAUGUCACCUUUGCUUUCAGGUCACCGUGUUGGGCACCCCUGCCGAAGAAGACGGAGGAGGCAAAAUCGACUUGAUCAAAGCCGGGGCUUUCGAUGGUCUGGACGUUGUUUUCAUGGCCCAUCCAUCCCAAGAAGAUGCAGCAUAUUUGCCCGACGUAGCAGAACAUGAGUGAGUAAACUGGAAUGGGAGGCAUUGUUUACUUGGCCAUUGUAACAAGCCUUUCACUUUUGAUCCACUUUUGAGUUACUCGUUUGGCUUUCCAAAGGGCACUUGGAACAAUUUAUGUAACGUUCUGCUGCUGUUUCUAAUAAACCGCUAAUGAGCACGUGGUGCUUGUGUGGAGCUGUCAAGCGAAACAAGUUUCUACUUCAAUUAACUUGUAUUACGUGAGGUUUGAGUUUUUAUACCAUAACCGUUAAUUCAUUAUCCUAAAGGGCCCCAGUAAGAAAGGAAGGCUGGGUGGCAUUAUGAAACAGCUGCCAAGGCCUCUUGUGCCAAAGGUCCUGUUCUUUCUCACUAUGCUGUCCAGAAGCAGCUCACCCACAAUUCUCCUACGUACUUUUCCUCUUAGCUGUGCACUGGGGAAAGUUGGGGUGAUGUGAGGAAGAUAUGAGGAUCUCCAAAGCCAACCUGCUCCCAGUAACCAGUCCUUCAGUAUGGGUGAUGGAGUCCAUGCACAGAACACAGGUCCAUUGGUCUAUCUAGCUCGCCUUGCACUACCUGGAGAUGCAGGGGAUUGAACCUGCAAUUUCCUGAAUGCAAAGCAGAUGCUGUGCCACUGAGUUACUUCCCAUCUUCCUUAAGCUAUAUCCUACCCAGUGAUCUGCCAACAAGUUUUAGUUCCAGAACUGCUACUCUCUACAUGUUUUUUACUCCCCUGGUUGUUGGGAGGAGGGGGCAGAUAGAGCCUCCAUCUAGAGUUGGUCCUAAGAUCUUCAGUUAUUGACCUUAUUCUAUAUAUUUACAAUUAUAUGCACAUUCUGAGUAAAGUAUUGUAUGCAAAAUUAUGUCACUUAUGUCACUUUGUAGUGAAUUACAGCAGGGCUUCAUUUUCAGGGACUUUUACGUAUUUGAAACAUAUCUUUAUUCAACAUCAUCUUAUUCAAGUUGCCUAAUGAGCUUCUGUUUUGUUUUGUUUUUAAAUCAGUUGGACCAGUAGCUAGGUAACCCUAACAAUGAUUUUUUAAUUUAGCUCAAGGUAUAAAUUUCAUUUCCUGAUGUGUGAUAGCGUUCAUGAAACUGCCAACUUUAUUGGAAUAGGAGAUGCUGCAGUUUAACAAACACCCUUCCACCCACAGUUUGUUUUACUCUUUAUACACAUUUGUUAAUAUAUUUGAACAGAACCAUUAUUGGGACUAGAGUUGGUGCUGGGUGUUUUUGAAGUCAUUCUGUUUAGUUGGAAGCAAUUCUGGUUAUACAAUAUUUCUUCAUGUGAUUAUUAAAGGAGUUUGUUUCAGCUGAUCUCAUUACCGAACAUCUCCAGAAAUUAGAUCUGGUGUUUGCCUGCAAUGUAGACCUAAAUGUCUUGUGACUCAAAGCUGUACAGUGGAGUGUUAAAAACUUUUGUAUUUCCUUUCACAUUUCUGCAAAGAUGACCACACAUAGGCAUAUUAAGAACAAGUAGAACUGAUGUUCGGCUGUAUACAAUUAAGAUUGUAUAUAGAAUUGAAUACAGUGGUACCUCUGCUUACAAACUUAAUUCUUUCUGGAGGUCCUCUCUCAACUCGAAACCGUUCUUAACCUGAGGCGCGCUUUCACUAAUGGGGCCUCCUGCGCGCCUCUGGAGCGCGAUUUCUGCUCACAUCCCAGGGCAAAGUUUGCAACCAGGAGCACCUACUUCCAGGAUAGCAGAGCUUGUAACCCGAAGUGUUCGCAAGGAGGACGGUUCGUAACCAGAGGUGUUACUGUGCAUUGUGCUUUUCUUAAAAGUUUCUGGCAGUUAACACACCAACCCAGAAAUGCAGAGUGCCCCAUUCCUCUUGGUCUUCUGUUUUUUGACUGCCUUUCUGCCAUAGUGAAGUUCACACCCAGGGUAUGAUGGCUAUGUUGACAUCUCAGUAGCCUUCCGUAUCAGGAAAGCAGUGGUGUGUUGCAGAUAUUGCAAUGACAAACAAGGUAUAUUUGUAAAAAAAAAAAAAAUCCUUUGUAAAAGUUGUGAUUUUCACCCCAAUUGGUUUUUUUGUUUUUUUGAAUAGAAAGGCUCAUCUUAAGCCACUCAGGGCACCUUUUGUGACUGAAGAGCAGGAUAAAAAUGCUUUAAAUAAAUAAAAGGUGUGGCUUCAUUUCACCACCUAGCUCUCAUUGGAUCACUAGUAAAUAUUACAAGCUUCAAGUGCCUUUCCUCAUCGUUAGAGAUGGCUUUCCAUUUUUGAAGCGAGCUGACCAGCACAGAUGAUUUCUUGUGACUAGAGGUGGAAGAACACUUCCUCACUUCUUUUGAAAACCACACAACAUCUUUAUAGAGACUAAGAUGAGAUUCCUUCCCCCUCGACCCCCAAUAUGUGUGGUAGGGAUGUUAUCCCUUCAUAGAAAUUUAGUACAGUUUUUUCAGUUUUGUCUUGACUUAAUCUUCCUUUGUUCUUCAUAUUGAACAGAAUGGGCACAAAAUCUAAUGCCAGAAGCUAUGAGCUUUAUAAUUAAUUGUGGUCUCAUGUAACAGAUUACUUUAGAUCAGUACUAAUUCUAAUGUUUUCACGUCUUCUUCUGCAGGUGAUUCAUCAAGUAAAAACACAGCCCUUUGAAUUGUCUCCAUUUGCAGAACAUAAUCUUUUUUCCCCUCUCUGGAUGCAGUACACCUGGUGCUUGAUCCUCUACUCCUGCACAGUAAUAGCAGGAUUAGCGGGAAGGGAGGUGGUGGACAUCAGUAUAUGAAGACCAACUGGAAACAGAGCUCUGUUGAAAGUGUUUACUUUCAGAUGCUUUUUGUAUUCUUAGCCUCCAUAUCCCUGCACAUACCAAAACAACUAGUAGGAAAGUUCUACGCAUUUACUUCUCAAAAUUGCCAUUGUAGUAAUAGGGAUAUGUUAUUUUUUAUACAUGGGGCAGUAUUGAACUUACAGUACAGUACUGAAUUAUUGCUUAGAAGUUCAGAGCUCGUUUGAGAUUUCCAAGAGAGAACUGUACAAAGCAAGUUUUUGAAUGCUACUCAUUUUAGGAAUUUAUACCCCACCUUUCGCAUCCAUCUCAAACUGGCUAUCACAAUUUUUAAAACGUAGCAGCAAAUAAAAUUGAGUCAGAAAAUAACACUUAAAGCAGUGAUCCAAUUAAAAGGGUGGUGUGUAUCAUAACAGGCCACCAAAUGCCAUUAGCAUUCCAAGCAGACAGAACAGAUUUGCCCAAAUUGUAAUGAUGAAGGAACAGUUGAACAUAUCUAAGAGGAGAGUUCCAGCACUGAAAAGGCACUUCUCCCACUAGUCACUCACCUAACUUCAGGAUGCACAGAGAAAGGCCUUUGACAAAUAAUUGAUGGAUUCUAUCCUAGUUCUUGGGCCAGGCUACGUUAAGUAUUUUUACCCAGUUUUCUGUUGAAAAGGCUUCCAGAGCAGAUGACAUAAGAUCAGUAGCAAGAUGACCUGCUCACAGGCAUGCAGUCUGAAAGACAGUGAUAUUCAGUGAUAGUCAUAAUAUGCUGUAGACCCACUGACAGCAAUGGAUUUUAGCCCGUUUUAAUGGGUCUGGUCUAAGUAUGGCUUAGUUGGGUAUCACUCACAGCACAGAAGGGAAAAGAGGAGGCGUAGGGAGGGAAGAGGAAAACAAGCAAACUCGGCUACCAAUUUUUGCCAAUACAUCAUACCUCGGUGAGAGGAGCUGUAGGAUUUCAUGAUUAGCAUUUCUAUGUUCAACAGCAGUGUUGAAUCAACAUUUCCAGUAGCUCUCAGUAGACUGAUAGUAUAGACCUUUUAACUAUAUAUGCAUAAGGAUGGAAGAGCACUGGCAUUCUGAGCUUAACAACAGUAUUCCCUAUGAUUCAGUUGGGACAGAAGUAUGAUUCUCUUGUUUCUCUUAUCUAUAGCAUUUAUGCUGCUUCUCUAUCCUACUUUAUAUAACUUAUGCUACUGAACUCCAUAGCCUGGCAUGACCCUGAAAGGCUGGGCUGUCUUCGGAUAUAGCUUUAUAUGUUGCACCUAGCAUGUAUUGCUGGGGUUAUGUUUGGGUCAUGUUGGAAGUGAAUAGUGCUGAUACACAGCAUAUCCACAUUUAUUUAACAAUGUUUUUAUAACACUUGAUUCUAGGAAAACCUCAGCAACAAAUAUUCUGCACUCUGGAAAACUGUUUGCUGAAUUCUUCAUAGUUUUUGGUUGGGAAAUGUGUCAAGUUUGUCUUCACACAGGACAUUGCAAACUGCUGUCUUUACCUUUGGCUUUUGUGUUUGUCCUAACCUUUUCGUUAUAAUUUCUGUCAAGUUUUAUUAAACACAUAUCAGUGUAUUUUUGAACAAAGUCUGCACAGUCUCCAAACUUGGCUGCAGCCAAAGAAGAAUAGGUUUGCAACAGAAUAACUCACACACCCUAGAUGAUAAAUCACGCUUUGAAUAUGAAGCCAUGUAAGCAAAAGCCUAUGCAAGGGUCCCGUGUAAUGCGAGACGUUUGGGGUUGUUUGCUCACAGUUCAUAGUGUGCUUAAUACCUGUUUCUAAUUAAUGAUUUUUAUUACUAAGCCUCAGGUAGUCAUCUUACCUAAGUGUAACUCAAGUUUCCCAAGGUCAGAAUAAAGUCAUCAGAUGUACAUAUUUAGACUCUUGAGUAGUUGCAAUUUGUUGCAGCUGGUUUCAUAUCUUUAUAGAUCUCUUAAGAUCUUAGGAAGAAUAUGAUAUAUGCCAGAAUAUGAUAGAUAACCAGUGUGGUAUUGUGGUUAAAGUGCCAAAUCUUCACUUGGCUGUGAAGCUCACCAACUCAGCAUAACCGAUCACUUGGGGUUGUGAGGGUCGUCUGCAGAGAGAGAAACACCUACAUCCCUUUGAGCUCAUUGGAGGACAGGUGGGAUAUAAAUGUAGUAAAUACAUACAUGAAUAAAUACAAGAGGACAUUUACUAAUCCUUUGCUCCCAGCAGGUUUUAUAGGCCAACGUUAUAACGGUGCUAGUUCCUUGAACAAUAAAUUUUUCAUGCUAAUUUUUUAACAUUGCUUUUCAAAAUUCAGGUCUUACUUAGUUGUGAUUAAAUUUUAAUUUAGGCCCUGUGGAACGCCCUCCCAUCAGAUGUCAAAGCGAUAAAUAACUACCUGACAUUUAGAAGACAUCUUAAGGCAGCCCUGUUCAGGGAAGCUUUUAAUCUGUGAUAUUUUACUGUAUUUUUUGUUUCUAUGGAAGCCGCCCAGAGUGGCUGGGGAAACCCAGCCAGAUGGGCGGGGUACAAAUAAUAAAUUAUUAUUAUUAUUAUUAUUAUUAUUAUUAUUAUUAUUAUUAUGUUGGUUCGAACACAGUUCUAUUUCAUGAAAAUAAACAAGGCAAGGUUUUUAAAUUUGUCAGGGAUACUGCAAUCUGUAUAAUUCAAUUCAGUGGCAGAGCUGGCCAUCUGAUCUUUUUAAAUUUAGAAAAUGCAGUGGGUUUUUUGGUUUUUUUUAAAAAGGUAGAAAACACUGCAGCAGUUAUUCAAUAUUAUUGCUAAUAGUAAAGCAUCUGUUGUGUUCUGUAAAUUCUAUCAUCCUGACAAACCAAAUGGUUCUGGUUAAGGCAGCUCAGAAUGCAUGGAGCUCCUCCAUUGAGAAUGGUUCCCCCCAUUCAGUGGAUGAACCAUGUAUAAAUAAACAUUUAUGUGUACUUCCUUCUCAAGAAAUGCUUGAAUUGUUCUCUAUUUGGAAAGGAUCUCUGGAUGAGGACAAUUGUGUUGGGUAUUGUAAUUGAGGGGAGGUGGUGAACUGAGUUGUCAGGAAAUCUCACACCAGUUGAUUGUAGUUUGUUAUUUGCUUCACGCCUUUUGAAAAUGUCUGUUUUCUUAGUUGAUUUGUUAAGAUACUUCUCUACCAGACACAAUUUAUUUCUGUCUAAUAUACUAAUAUUCUUUAUUUCCACAGAAGUUAGUUCCUGUCUUGUAUGUACCUAUUUCAGUACACGUGGUCCAUAUAAAUGUCAGACUUGGUUUUGUGAUGACAAAGAUCAGCUUUGAGUAUCAAAGCUCUGUAUUGAAUACCUCCUACUCUCAAAACAUGUUGGUCUGUUUUUCCAGCAAUUAUCUUUAUAGAGGAUUGAGGUUAAAAAAAAUCAAACCCCUAUAUUAUAGCAUAGACCUUUAUCUCAUUAGAACUUAAGUUCGUUGAAUGAAUCCAAAGGGAUAUUUUUCCUUUCAAAAAGUGUUUAAAAACCAGUGAUGGCUUUUAUUUCCUAGUGUGACUGUGAAAUACUAUGGAAAAGCUUCUCAUGCUGCUGCUUACCCUUGGGAAGGAGUAAAUGCAUUAGAUGCUGCUGUUCUUGCAUACAACAAUCUGUCAGUUUUAAGACAGCAAAUGAAACCAACAUGGAGAGUUCAUGGUGAGAUGUUCAUUAAAUCUUAUGUCCAGCAAGUAAUACUUCAGGCACUGUUUUAUAAUGUAUCUGGCAUGUUAACAUUAAAAUGAAAAUGGCUGUUCAUGUGUUUAGUUUUCUGAUAAAUGUUCAAUCUGUUGCUAAAGUUGAAAGUUCUUUAAGAGCUAUACAACUUUGGUAUGGAUAUGUUCACUUAAUAGACUUUGGUCAUGUUUUCCCAAAACAAUAUGUCAGGGUUGUUUGCUUAAAAAACCAUAUUGUGUGAGCUGCAUCCUGGUGUAUGCAGCCCAUAGGUAAUUGAACCCAUAUAGCAAGAUGUCUGAAGUUUGGAUUGUGAUUUGUUUCACCCUAACAAGCUAUGUUUACUUAGUUUGUUGUUGGCAAAUUCUCACUUGUUAGGGAGAACAAACCAUGAACCCAAGUUUGGAUGUUGUUCUAACCUGAUUUUAUCUGCUCAUACCAGGGGUGGUGAGAGCAGUCAGGCUCCAUGUAUGGUUUAAUUAGCCAAGGUUAAUGAACGUUCAUCAGAUGGUGAUUGGUGUUAAGGUUGAGUAUUAUGAUGGCAGACACCUGCAAUAAUGUGUAUUGUAACAGCGAGUCUUCACACAUUUGUUUCCCCCCAAAUGUGGGUUAUCAUACCCUGGCAGUUGGUGCAGCUCUCUAUUUCCUUCCAUCUUUUUUAUGCUUUGGGGAUGCUUAUAGGAUCUGCUCCUCACCCUUAGUCAGAGGUUAGAAUGCAUGCUGUGCUAAGCUUGUGUCAUCCAGAUGUGUAAAGCAUACGAGUUACAUACUCAUAAGUGUCUGUAACACAAGCUCUGCAGUUCAUGCAACUGAUACAUUUAUUAGUGGAGUCCUGGAAGAGGUGAUGGUUAUAUAAUUGAAUGCUCAAAUAGCAUUCCAGUUUAGCUUUACUAUUAAGUGCUAGUUAACUAUAUAUAGGGAUUAUUGUGAGGAUGAGGCACAGUUUUGUAAGCUGCAAGGCUGAAGUGUUAUGGUCCACACUUGAGUUUUAGCAUGUAGUCUACUGUUUGUCUAUACCUGACCAUAAUAAUAUGGGUCUAACUGUAGAAGGAUUUCUAGUUUAUACAACGUCGUUUAAAAAUAUGUGGCAACUAAUCUAGACAGCUAACCAAAGGGAUCAAAUUAGCCAUAAACACUUGCAAUUCAUUAACUUGACUGAAGUUAGUUAAUAGUGAAAAGGUUUGGUUUCCAUCUGCAUGGUAAAGUAACUAUUGUUCUAAAAGCCCAAUAGGCCCAUCAGGCAGUUUUGACCAACCCACAGCUACCUAUCCUACACCUCUGGUCCUACCCAUGAGGUCAGGUGUGAGGCAGGUAAAGUUGCACCUGGGCCACAGAGGAGAUUGGAGGCACUGCUGAUGUGUGUUGGGCUGACACUUUGAAACCCUGACUGUCAGCUGAUUAUCAGGCCUUCAAAGCAUAGCCCCAACAAUCAGCUUUGAUCAGCUUCUCUCAGGAGUUCCCCAUUGGAUACCUCUCCACCCUAUUGGAUAAGCUCUCAUCCAGAAGCACCCAUAUGAUUUAUGUUGCUGUUUGAUUUCCAAAGCAAUGGCGUUAAUACCUUCCAGACAGAAUUAUGGGUCACUGUUGUAGUACUUCUGAAUACUGCAUAAAAAAAUAUUUUCAGUGGAAGAUUCCCCCUCACCCCAUAUAAACUAAAAUGUAAAAGGUUUUGAGCAACUUGCCAUCCAUAAUACUUUCAAUUUAAAGUAACAUGGUCUUUCUGACUUGUUACUUUUUCUCGUCUUUGUUUCCUCCCAUCAAAUUUCUGCCCUUGUUAAUGUUUAUCUGUACUAGAGCUAUCAAAUAAGAAUAGCAAAUUGAAAAGAGUGAGGCAAAGUUCAUCUCUUAGUGAUGAUAAGAAAGGAAUGGUAUGUCUUCUUGCAUUCCCAAUUUGUUUUUGUUUUUUUGUGAUGUGCCCUUCAUAGCACGUAGUUGCUGGUUAAACUGGUUGGAGUAGCUCUACUUCUUUUUAACUCCCCCCCCAUAGGCAAGGUUACCUUGCUGGUCAAUAUUUAGUUUUUUAUGUGGUCAUGAAAGCUAAUGGUAAUUAGUUUUCUUUGCACAAAACCAUUAAAUUUAAAGCAUUUGUGGCCCAGGCAGCACUGCAAGUGAUUUGCUGCUUUUCAAGUGAUAAUUUUCCAUUAAAAUACUCUUAGCAUGUGCAUGGUUUAAAUCUUACACAUUUUUGUAUGAUGGGCCUUCUUGCUCUUGUGAGCAUUGGUACCUUAUUGAGGCCAAAUUGGAUUAUACAACCAGUAUCAGAAAAACACUGUGCACUGCCCUGUCUGCAUCUUCCCAGCUAGUUUGUGCAGAAACACAUGAGAAUGGGAUUAUACCAGCAGUGUACCACUUGGUUUUUCUAUAGCCUGUUUAUCAACCAUAUAUAGAGAUAGAAUCUCAAAAGUCUUGUACAUAUUGAAGCUUAGUCAAAGUGUGCAUAUUGAUGCCACAGCAUGGUGCAAGCAUGGGCUUGCUCUUUAGAAUAAUACUUAGAAUAAUACAUUUUGGGAUAACCUGUGCUUGUAGGAACUUUGUUGAAUCUUAGCGGAAGCAAAGACAACAACUAGUUUUGCUACACAUGGAUGGCAUUCUCAGGAGCUCUCUUGAGUAUUGCCUCUCACCUGUGAGCCAGCCAGUUUUUGCUUAAAGUUAAACCUUUCUAUUUCUGUACACUCACUUUGAUUUGCUUCAUACAACUGUUGCAUAAUGUAAAAGUGAUUCUUGGAGCAGGGAAGCUUGCCAGUUUUAUGUACAUAGCCUAAUAAAAUUUAGAUGGUUUAUAAAUAUUAGAUGCAGCUUUCAGUUUUGCUGCCAAUGUUCAGUUACUGUAGUGUAGCAGAUGGAUUCUAGCAAGUGAUUUGAAUAGCCCAAGACAACUAACGAACUAUUCAGGUAAGCAACUAUUCCAGGUAUAUUGAAGAAACCUAAAAAUAAUUUACUGCCUUAAAAUUGCCAUAGAUUGCAAGCGCAUUAGGUCUGGGCACCACCGAGUUGUAACAGUAUUGUAGCAAUUCAAACUAUCUUAAAACAAAGAGCCUGUUCUUGCUGGAGUCAUUCAGAACUCAGUCAAACAAGAUUCUAUUCAUGCAAGACUUUUAAGAUGGAAAUGUAUCAUACCCCUUUAUUCUUGUUUGAAAUUCCCAAUUGAUAGUAGAUUCAUUUGCCUGGGCAAAAUUUCAUACAUGCAUAUAUAACAGAUCAAGAGUUGCUUUAUUCAAAGUGGUUUCAGCUGGAACUUUACUUGAGCUGUUAAGUGAUAAUUAUCAUACUUGGAGUAGAAUGAUUGAAAUCAAUGGAUUUCAAUGGGUCUAUUGAGUAUGAUGAAUGUCAGCUAUUACCUAUUGUGCGUUAGAUCUGGGCCAACAGGAAAGCAAACAAACAAACGACACACUUGCUUUUGAUACAGAACCUUCUCUUCUCUGAUCUAAAACCUGUUUCUACCAUUUGAUGACGCUGCACCUUGAUAGCACUCUAGUCUCUUUGUAACAAAAUUUGAAGAAGGAAAGUGCAUAUAUGGGCAGACAAAGGGUGACACUGUUUAUAUUAUCCAGGGUGGAAAAGAUGGUGUUCUGGAAUUUUGUCCCCCUUACCUAUUUCAAAUGCUCGCACAAAAAGUGCUCCUUAAAAUGGAUACUGUUUAAGAGUUUGAAAUAUUUUCAUUUCUUAUCCCUUUCUCUUGGUCAGCUCAUGGGUAGCUGGUGUUGUGUAACCCACUACUUUAGUAUUCUUCCACCAUGCACUACGUGGGUGGGGGGAGGCAGAAAAAAGAUGUUAGGAGGUGUACUGUUCAAAACUGAUGCCUAACUUGGUUAAGCAAAGUUGAAUUAUGCCACAAAAACAUGUUAAAUUGUUCAGCUUUAAUUUACACAUUAGUCUUUUCCCCAGAGGUUAGAAUAUGAAAGGGAUGUUUUUACACCUUGACUUCUGGUCUAGUAAAUAUAUUCAGCCUCUGUGUUACUGCUCCCUUAAUCCCCCUUGUUCCAAUGCCAUCCAAUUUUAUUUCAUCCUGAAAGACAACAGAUGAAUAACUGAGAAGAACGUGAAUGCAAAUCUUUGUGGGUUUUUUAUUGAAAUCAAAUAGAAUUUCAAGACACAAGGUUUUUUUUUCCUAAAAGAAAGCAAGAAAAUCUGUUUUUGUUCCCACAUCUGCUGGAGAGUUGGCUCAGGUGCAGAAAUUAGUUUGGCUUUCCUGUUUUAGCCAGAAGCCUCAGAAACCUACUAUUCAAAGUUCUGAUUUCAGUAACACAGUUCUUCCUUCUUUUAGGUAUAAUAAAGAAUGGAGGUGUGAAACCUAAUAUCAUCCCUUCUUAUGCUGAAUUAGAAUUUUACUUGCGUGCUCCUUCAUUAAAAGAACUCUCCAUCCUGACAGAAAAAGCAGAGAACUGCUUUAAAUCUGCAGCCCUGGCCACAGGGUGUGAAGUAAGGUUCAUAAAGAUUUAUUUUGCUUUUAAGUGACAAUGUGAGCUGACUAAUAAUGAUAAUAUUAUUAUUUGUUCCCCACCUGUCUGACUGUUGCCCCAGCCACUCUCUGGAUGCCUUCUUAGCCAAACCACCUAGGACCUAUUGAGUGAUUUUAGUUGAAAGUAGCAUAACAUCUACAUGUCGGCCUACCCUCUGACAGUUUCCCCCUAUAGUUGUGGCUCCAAGCAGGCUAGAUUGGGGUGAUUAGGCCUGUCAAGAUGUUUGAAAUGGUCCAGUCACCUCUGUCUUUCUCUCAUUGCAGUGCUUGGAGAAAAAGUUUCAGCACAGUGCUGUAAUGGAAAUAAAUGUGUUUCCAUAUGUAUGUGUGUGUGUGUGUGUGUGUGUGUGUGUAUGUAAGUGGCGGUCUGUGUGUGGUGAGAGCAGAGUGUGCUUGGCCAUGACCACAACUGGCAUGUGGCCCUCAGAGGAUUGGCCUCAACCCUCAGGCUGAAAAGGUUUAUCCAUCUCUGAACUAAAACCCUGAUCCCGUUGAACUAACAUCUCAGCGUAGCUGAUAUUUUGGACUUAACUGAGGGUAAUGCCUCAACUUUGUCAAGUCUUGGUUCUCAAAAGUGCAAACAUACCCGAGUAAGAGCGACCUUUCACAUGCUUUUAAAUACACAAGGACUCAGCAUUGGGCUGUUUUUCUUUUCUUUUUUCUUUUUUUUAAAAAAGCUUCCUUUCUCACUGAACACUUUCUAAGUACUUUUCCUUCUUUGGUAUUUUCUUUAAAUCAUAAAAGUAGUGAGGAGCCUAAGGGGAUUAACCCUGCUUCUAAAGCUUCUACUUCAAAGUAAUUUCCAACCAGAGCUCACUUCCAUAUUCAGUUGGAACUCCCUUCCAAGAAUUUACACAAUCUUGGCUGUGUGUUUUUUUCCAUUUGGCAUCUUUGGAAGCUGACAUUCCACAUUUCUAAUUUAUCCUGUUUUGCAAGAAGCUUGCAGUUGUCUAAGGGCAGGAAGCAGAAAAUUGCUUGCUUGUUCUAGGAGAUAAUGCCACAUUCAUGCUUCGUAUAAAUAGGAUGUGAAAUGCCGAAGAAAGCUAAUUAGUUCCUAAAAGUGUAAUCCUUUGCAUGUUUACUUUGAAGUCAGCCACACUGUGAAUUGCAGCUUGUUCUCAGGUAAGUAUGUUUCAGAUUUCAGCCAAACACUAAGUCCUAUGCAUUUUUGAGAGUAAGCCCCUUUGAGUUCAGUGGGACUGACCUCUGAGUAAGACAAAUAGGAUUGAGUUGGAGGCCCUUUGGUUUAGACUUCAUCUGGUAUUUUUGUGUCAAAGCAAAUGAAUAUUUUUCUUCUCUAGAUGGAAUUAAAAGGUGGUGCAAAUGAUUACUACAACGUGCUUCCUAACAAGAGCCUGGAAAAAGCUUACAUUGAGAAUGGGAAGAAACUUGGCAUGGAGUUCAUCCCAGAAGAUAACUUGACUGGGUUGUCAGGUAAUAAAUAAUAAAACAUCCAAUAAAACAUUUAUCAGGUUGGCUUUUACUCCUUUUCUAUCCAUUUCUGCUUUGUUUGUCAGCCUAGAAAAUACAUUUAUACAUCUUUUAAGAAUUUCCCAACAAUUGGGAAGGGUGAUCAGUUUUUAUAUUUUAGAGUAUCAGAAUGUGUAUUGCUAGGUGAAUGCAGAAACAGAUUUGAAGGGGAUUUGAAUUUGGUAAGGGAAAAUGUAAUGGGGCUGUUCUGAAACUUCAAUCACAUACUUUAUCAUAUACUUAUUUUCUUGUAAUACUCUUAGCAUUUUGUUCAACUUGAUCCAUGAAGUAAGGACAGGUUGAGUUAAAUGGGCAGUAAACAGUGCUGCCGUGGUUUUGCCAUUCCAUGGUAUCUGUUCUUCAUCAUAAACCAACUUAGGAUGUAGAGUUCAAGGGCAGUGGAUACCCUACUGUCCAUCAACAUGCAAGGGAUAUGAUUGGUAGUCUCUAAGUUAAACUACCGUAGAUUCUGGCAGAUUAGGCGACUGGGCGUAUUAGACGACCCCCCCCAAAUUGGCAGCUGCAAUUUGGGGAUUUGUUUUAUAAGCCCAGUUGCCUAAUACAUUGGGCAGCAACAGGGGGCAGGCUCAGCUCCACGCCAGGAGAAAGCCGCCUGCUGUGGAGCUGAGCCUGCCGCCCGCUGCUGCUGCUUCCAAAGCAGCAGCGGGGGGUGGGCUCCGCGUCGGACAGCUUUCCCCCAGCGCGGAGCUGAGCCCGCUGCAGGUGUUUCGGAGCCACCGCAGCAGGGGGCGGGCUCUGCUCCGCGCCACCCAUACCUGGCGUAUAAGGCGACCCCCGACUUUGGAGAAGAUUUUCCAGGGUUCAAAAGUCGCCUUAUACGUAGGAAUCUACGGUAUUAUUUCAGGACUGCUUGAUCUUGAUACUACAGAAAGGAAAAACCCAGUUUAUGUGCAUGCUACUUAUGUAUAUCACUUUUUCUCCAGAACUGUGUUUUCCCCCCCUUUAAGAGUGAUGCCUUUUUCCAUUUAUGUGAGGAAUUGUUGAACUGUUAUUUAAGAAAACUAAAUUCUCUCAACCAAAACCUCCAUUCUGCUGUUGGAAUCAUUUCUGCAUUCUGUUUAUUUCAACUUGGCAAAGUGAAACAUUUAUGUUUGGGAGAUACCUAAUGUACUUGAAAAAUUGUGAAAUUGGCCUGAUUCUGCAUCUUAUCAUUUAUCAACUUUCAUUGCUAAUCCCAAAAUAUUUAUUUUACACCUUAAAAAACCCCCACAACCUGUUGCCUUUGUCUGUGUUAUGUGCUCUUUUCUCUGUCAUACUUUCUCAUGCUGUGGGACAGGAGCUGCACAGAUCUUUUUCAUUUCACUUCGUUUCCAGUGCCUUUGGUUACCUCCAUAUCACUGUCUUUGUCCAAUUCUACAGUUUUGCAGUCAAUAAAUAAAUAACUUUGUGAUCCUGACAUUUGGAACAGUACCUUUCUUUUAAAUCAGAAUCAGUGAAGGCGGUGAAGGUCCUGUGUGAGUGUCUGGAGGCGGUUGGAGGAUGGAUGGCGGCUAACAGAUUGAGGUUGAAUCCUGACAAGACAGAAGUACUGUUUCUGGGGGACAGGAGGCGGGCAGGUGUGGAGGAUUCCCUGGUCCUGAAUGGGGUAACUGUGCCCCUGAAGGACCAGGUGCGCAGCCUGGGAGUCAUUUUGGACUCACAGCUGUCCAUGGAGGCACAGGUCAAAUCUGUAUCCAGGGCAGCUGUUUACCAGCUCCAUCUGGUACGUAGGCUGAGACCCUAUCUGCCUGCAGACUGUCUCGUCAGAGUGGUGCAUGCUCUGGUUAUCUCCCGCUUGGACUACUGCAAUGCGCUCCAUGUGGGGCUACCUUUGAAGGUGACCCGGAAACUACAACUAAUCCAGAAUGUGGCAGCUAGACUGGUGACUGGGAGCGGCCGCCGAGACCAUAUAACACCGGUCUUGAAAGACCUACAUUGGCUCCCAGUACGUUUCCGAGCACAAUUCAAAGUGCUGGUGCUGACCUUUAAAGCCCUAAACGGCCUCGGUCCAGUAUAUCUGAAGGAGCGUCUCCACCCCCAUCGUUCUGCCCAGACACUGAGGUCCAGCUCCGAGCGCCUUCUGGCGGUUCCCUCACUGCGAGAGGCCAAGUUACAGGGAACCAGGCAGAGGGCCUUCUCGGUAGUGGCGCCCGCCCUGUGGAAUGCCCUCCCAUCAGAUGUCAAAGCGAUAAACAACUACCUGACAUUCAGAAGACAUCUGAAGGCAGCCCUUCAGUUUUUAAUAUGUGACAUUUUAGUGUAUUUUUCAUCUUUGUUGGAAGCCACGCAGAGUGGCUGGGGAAACCCAGCCAGAUGGGCGGGGUACAAAUAAAUUAUUAUUAUUAUUAUUAUUAUUAUUAUUAUUGUAUAAUAAUGCAAGAUGAAUAAAUGUGCCUUGUUGCACUGUUCCAAUUGUAAGCUGCUUUCUUAGUUUGAGAUCUGAAUUAUUACAUUGCUGCAGAUCAUGCAUAGCUGAGCAGUACUUACAUAUAUUCCUUUUGGUAGCCUGAUCUGAUACAUUUAAAACUACCUUUUCCUAGGUUCUACUGAUUUUGGGAAUGUUACCUUUGUGGUUCCUGGGAUUCAUCCUUAUUUUUAUAUUGGGUCUGAUGCACUAAACCAUACUGAGCAAUACACAACAGCUGCAGGUUAGUGAGUUUUAUGUGUGUGUGUGUGUGUAUAUAUACAUGUAUUCCUCCUGGCCCCCCCACCCAAAAAUAUACAAGAACACUAAGAUGGAAAUUACAUUGAGUUAAAGGUUUUCCCCAGCUGGCCUAUGCUUAGUGCAGCUGAAUGGAACGUUAAAUUGUUCUGGACUGGAAUUAAUGUGUCUUACCUUUCUGUGAUUAUUCUUCCUAGGUCUUGGACAUUUGUGUACUGUGUUCCUAGGAAUAGUCAGUAAUAAAUAUUUAUUUGUUUAUUUGCAAAAAUUCUAAGUUGUCCUUUACCAUACGGUCCCUGAGUGGGUUAUAAUAUAAUAUACUGUACAAUAAUAAGAUAAAAUUGCAAUGACAAAUAAAACUGUUCUAGCCAGCACUUCAGUGGUUAAAAUUUUCAGAGGGUGUUUGCUCACACUUCUCUUGAAGUCUGUGCUACACUAUUCCAAAAGUCUUGGCUUUUUUUAUUGCAGCUGAAGCAACUGGAAAUCUUGAUGCCUUGCUAGCUGACUAACACUAGCAAGAGCAAGCACAGGUCUCUCAAUGUGCUGCUGACUUAAAUCAAUCUUUAUAGGGUUUUUUGUUUUUUUAAUAAGCUAACCUAACCUCCUGGUGGUCAGGUGUGGAUAACUUGUUGAAAUCUCUUAUGCAGAUAUGCAUCUUAAGAUCCAGUGAUACUCCUACUAUGAGAAGUAUGUUUGUGGCAGAAAUUAUGAGAGGGUAGUGAAGAAACUAGAAAUGUCCACAUUUGGGCAUAUUCACAAGAAGCAAUAACUUCAGGCUUACAAUGAGCCUGAAUUUCUUGUAUGAAACACAUAUUUAUGCUAGAUGCACUGAAACUGAAAGGUGUGCAUUUUAAUACAGGAAAAGAAAACAUAAAGCUACUUAGGAGAAGACAAUAUCUUUUUAUUCCCAGGGUAAUUCAAAUUGAAUUGUUUUGGAAGGGGAAAUGGCCUUUACAAAUCCCUUCAGUUAUGGUAUAGCUAUACAGUAAAUCCCUUCAGUCUUGAAUGUGCUGCCUAGCUCUUGGUAAGACCUGCUUCUGUGGCCAUUUCUGAAGGCAGCAGACCAGCUUAAAUUAACUUAAAAAAUGGUGGGUUGUUUCUCUUUGAUCCAGCAGGCGCUUCUGUUCAGAAUGAGGAGGGAAUUGGUUUUGCCAGUCCCUCUCUCCCAAUGCAGCCCCCUACCACCACCUCUUUAUUGAUCCCUUCUGUUCUCAUUUGUGGAUUUAAUUCUUCCUAGGGUCAGAAGAAGCUCAGUUCUAUGCCUUGCGAACAGCGAAAGCUUUGGCAAUGACUGCUUUGGAUGUUGUUUUCAAGCCAGAUCUGCUGGAAAAAGUCAGAGAAGACUUCAGACUGGUGAAACUCAAAGAGGAAGGUUACUUGAAUAUCCCUGAAAAUGGAAAGGUGUCUGGUCUUGGUAUCGGAGCAGCAUGUGCAUCACGUUGAAAUAGUACAGCAUAUUACAAAUCUAAACACGAAAGAACGUCAAAUUUUUUUCCUUGGAAUUCUAGGAAAUGUUUAAUAGCUGGAAAGAUGCUUGAUAUUUUAAGUGGUGCAACUAAGCGACCUCAGAGUACUUUUAAAAUAUUGCUAUUAUCUGAUAUCAUGUAGUGGUCUUAAUUUGGCAGACAAAAUGAGUGAUUUCUCUGCAGUGAUUGAAAAUGUGCUGAAUAUUGCAGCUUUGCAUACUUUUGGAAAAACUUUUUAAAUGCUAUUUACUCUGGUUGGAAAGGAAUGUUGGGUUGUCUUCAUAGCAGCUGUUCUCUUGCCAAGGAAUAGUGAGAAGUGUUGCAUGUUUAGCUUAUUGUAUGCAGAACCAAAUGCAAUCCACCAGGACAGGCUUAAUAUGCUUCAUAAAUCUAUAUGUAUUUGAACUGAAGAUACCAAAGGUUAGGUGAUGGUUGUUCAAGAUGUGCCUAGACUUUCACAUUAGAAUGGUUUUUCACUCAGUAUCUCACGGUCUUUGGUAGCUCAACACUUGAACAUACCACACUUUCCUCUUUCGGCCAUCUAAAUUUUUCUAGAAGGACUAUCCUUGUAAUCACUUGAUGUUUAUAGGUGGGCUCCUGACCUCUUGUUCUGCACAAUUUCCAAACGCUGUGUAUCCUUUAGUAGUUUUGUGCAUAGUAUAGAAUUAUACAGCAUACAGAUACACCAGAAGAAAAUAACUUUAUAAAUGAGUGUCCAGGAAUAGCUUUUAAAAUGAAACCCAAAACUGAGUUUCUUGUGAAAAUUCUUCCUAUUUGACACAAAUUAAGCAAUCACAUUGAAGGAGAAGUUAAAGCAGUAGGUAGGGGGUUUGUUUGUUUUUAAGGGUACUGUACAGAAUCAAAGAAAUACUUGUGCAAACCUGGUACAUGAACCCUGCUUUACUGUCUUAUUUAUGCAUAGCUGCAUUUUGAAAAUGAAUGGCUCCAGUCCAUUAAUGUAGCUGCUGUACAAAGUAGAUUGGUAGAACUUAUGUUUCAAAUUCAUUUUCCUUUCUGAAAUAGAAUUGUCUAUAAUUUUGUCAGUUUCGCCACCAGUUAAUCCCCAGGACCCAAGAUGUGUACAUUGAUGACAGAGAUGAGUUGAAGAAAGGGGUGAUGAAUCCUAUGGAUGUUCGAGUUGAUACCCAAGUAUUUUGGGUGAGCCUCAAAUGCAUUUGUAAAGGCUAAACGUUGCCAUUGUGAGUUGGGUCAGCAGUAGUGGACUGUUUGGGGGCUCGUAUGUUGUCUUUCGAGGCAGAGAAAAUAGAUGUGCUUUUUUCUUCUGCGGAACAAGCAAAAGAUGGUGAGAAUGUGAAUUCUUGGGGCCUUUGGCAGGUAAAAGGUACUUCUCCUGUAGGGGAGGAAUGUGAUCCUGUAUGGGUUGUCUCUGCCCCUCUCUCCACUGGUAGGAAGGAAAACUUUUCUUAGAGAAUAUACCUGGGGCAGGGACAAUCUCCUAUCUCCAUUUCCUGCCAACUCCACUGCAGAUCAUCAGUCAGCUGCCCAAGGUAUAGCAAAAGAGAAGUGGCAGGAACUCUUGGAAGGGAUUUUCCUUUGUUCUUUGUUCUAUUCCUACUGGAGUAGCUGGACCUGACAUUCGGAGGCAUUUUAGACAACUCACAAGUACUAACUUGUGUGGUGUUGUGGUUAAGAGCGGUAUACUCGUAAUCUGGUGAACCAGGUUUGCUUCCCCGCUCCUCCACAUGCAGCUGCUGGGUGACCUUGGGCUAGUCACACUUCUUUGAAGUGUCUCAGCCUCACUCACCUCACAGAGUGUUUGUUGUGGGGGAGGAAGGGAAAGGAGAAUGUUAGCCGCUUGGAGACUCCUUCGGGUAGUGAUAAAGCGGGAUAUCAAAUCCAAACUCCUCCUCCUCUUCUAACUAGGCUGUCUAGAUUAUUCUUUGCCUAUGAUAAGAUCAGCUGUCUUCUAAUCAAGCUGGUCUUUGUAUUUGGCAUACAUUAAUCUACACACCAAAAUUGACUUGAAGUACAAUCCUUUGCAUGUCUAUGCAGAAGUGACUCCCAUUCAGUUCAAUGGGGUUUACUCCCAGGAAAAUGCUGCAGGAUUGUAGCCAUAAUUAUGUGACACACCACUGCCUAAGCUGCAUUAGUGGUAUCAUAACGUACCACUGCCUGUUACUUAAACUAAUAGUAGAUAAACAUAUCUUAUGCUGAAAGAAAACACUAAUUUCCUGUCCUCUUAAGCAUAAUGUGAAAUUUCCUUUGUAAGUGUUGUAGGGAGCAAACUCUGCACAGAAUUUUGUAUUCUAGAACAAUAUAAAUGCUGUCUUUAUGCCUGCUUGUUUGCCUAAGCAAUAUUCUCUUUGAGGGUCAAAUACUUCCAUUAUUAUGUUGUUAUUUAUUUUUUUGUCUUGCCUUUCUUCUCAAUUUUUACCUGUAAGUUGGUCCAGUAAAAAAGGCUAUUCACAUUUUGCUGAGUCGGUUACAAAAGCUCUGCUGGUUUAAAUGAAUAUAUUACAUUAUUUUUAUUCAUAAACAGAAAGAAUUGUAGCAAGUUUAGCAGAACUUAAGGUAUAUGCAUUUCUGACUGACGCGCACACAUGCUCAAAUGCACAAAUCUAUCUAGGGAGAAACAGAUGUAUAUUUUGUACAUCACCUGUAGAAACUGUUCUGAAGACAACAUUUUGAGCUGCACAUUUGAAUGUUGGAAUGUUUUGCAGCAAAUUAACAUCCAUUAGCAAGCACUGGAAGACCGUGUUAGGAAAUUAUUAACCACAGCACUUAUUUUUUCCCACCACCACCAGUGCUGUAAGAAGAGAAGCAGUUUUCUUUUUACCAACGUACAGCUGUUUCCCCAAAUGUUUCACUGUCCUAACUUGCCAGGGAACAGAAAUCAUACACAGCUGAAUCAUGGGCUAGUUAGUAGGGAUAGCAAAUUUCAGUAUGCAUAACUGUAUCAAACUUAUGCUUCAAUACUUUGAUCCUGUUAAGAGUUGGGUCAACUUCAAAAGAAAAUAUUAAUCUUACCAUGCUGUAUUUAGUAUUUCAACUUCUUUCAUCCAAUUAAACACAGUUUUUGCAAUAACUCUUCACCUUUUCAGAAGAGGGGGAAAGGCUCUGGAAAGUUGUUUUUCCCUCUAGUAAGCAAGGGCAAGUUGUCCUCAGUGGGAUUUGGAGCUGAUCAGUACUUGCACUGAAAGGAUCAGUGUCUCUUAAGGGUCUUGUUAUGUCUCCUCAUUCAACUGUGUAAGCUUUGCUUCUGAAAACAUUAGUACCAAAGGUGAACUCGAUAUUUUAUUGAGCUCAGGGUUAUUUCUGCUCCAACCAUAUAGCUGUGCAAGUUGCUGCCUAAGCAGGAUGCGAGCAAGAUACAUUGACUGGCUUCUAUUUUCUUGGAGAAUGCUGCAUAUUUCUGAUAGUCUUUUAAAAACCUGGCAAAGACUCCUGUUAUAGCUUCAUAACUUGCUAAAAUUGCAAACUCAAAAGGGUUGGAUCCAGGCGUGCCACUUGACAUGCACAGACUGGAACUAACCCAAAGGUUGCAAGACAGCAUGGUUAAUGUUGUUAUGGACCCAUUGGUCUUGGAUUGUUGCUCUGAGUGUUCUGUAAUGAAAACUUGCUUAGGUGGCAACCGCUGAACAGUGUCAUGGGCAUUAUUUCAAUAUUUUUCUUACUAUUCCAAACUUGAUUCCUUAGCAGAGGCCUACUUUGCAAGGAGAUUUUGGCUGAGACUUUUAGUGGUAGAAGCCAUCCCAACCAUACUGUAUUCCUUAUCUGAACAUGAAAGAAAAGAGGGAAAUUGAUUUAUUGUGAAUUCCUGUGUUUCUUGCAUGGUUUUUAAUAUCACAGUUUUAAUUUUGUUUUGUUUUUUAAAUAUAUGCAUAAAUGUUAUUUGACAGAUCAAACAGCUGGAAUCUUGCUACUGUCCUGGGAGAGUACAAUUUACCUUUUUUCUGUUUACAAAGCACAAUCCAGUGAGAAAAAACCAUCAAGCUGCAAGCCACAUGGAUUGCGCAGCAGUUGCUUUAAAGCUCAAGUGUCAGGAAAAGAUCUGGUCUAAGCAUAAGGCUACCUGGGUUUCUGGCCAGGCCCAUGAUCAUUGACGGUUGUUCUUCAUAGCCCUCCAGGGGCUGCGAGGAAGUUCAGGCAGGGGAAGGAGAGGAUUUAUGCAAUUGUAUUAAAUUAUAGUAAUUUUGUUUGAUUUGUAAUAAUUUGGAAAAUGAUAAAAACAAUACGAUAAACAUAAGGCUACCUGGAACCAUUUAUGCAGCCGCACUCUCAUAUUAAAAGGGUCUUCUUGAAUGUGAGGCUAUCCAUGCGCAGCAUUAGCAUGCCAUGCCAUGCCAUGCCAGCAACCAAUGAUCAGAGAGGAAGUGCUUUGCAUAGGCCUCUUGCACGGAUCAUUGCUGCAUGGGGCACCUGUAGGGAUAUACGAUUUCCAUGUGGCAUGUUGAAAUUGUGGGUUAGAGACUGUAUCUGAGGUGGCUGAACUUUAUGUCUUUUCUUUGUAAGAUCAGACGGGUUGGUGUUUGAUUUCUUUUGUGUGCGGGUGAGUUGCUAAGGCAGUAAGUCCCAUUGGUUUAUAAUUUCAGAACGCCUUGUCCAGUAACGUUAGUUUUGUUAGUACGCCAUUGUUUAUUUCUGUUAAUAAUGCUGAGGCUUUCUUUACAGUUCUGAUUCAGCAGUUAUGCAGUGAUUCUGUAUGCCAGGUUGGACAGACUUUUUGCCAAGUAAGCCAUAAGUAAAGUCUGAAGCGUGAGUGCCAUUUUUGUAUAUUCCACAGGACGUAUACGGCUCCCCCUUACUAGGAGGUGGCUUUUCAUCUAAUGUACCAAACUAGAUAGUGUGCGCUUCAUCACUAGCGCCAUUUGUGGCCUCUUACACAAUGCACUGCUAAAUCCUAGGGUUUUGCACUUUUGCUGUAACCUGAAUUAACAAGAAAAGGCAACUUUUUCACUGCUUCCUUAAAUAGCAUGCAACUUUACAGUAGACAACAGUUAUUCUUGGAUCUUAAGUAGGACAAGGACACCAGACAAACGUUUUAGUCAACAUUACUUUUAGGCUGCAAAGCUGUUGUAAAGGCAUAUUUGCUUUUUAGUGUCUUGGCUAUUGCUGCUGCACCAAAUCUUGUAUGCUGUUGAAUCUAUAUAUUCAGUUUUGAAGAAUGAAGAGCCUGCAACAGCAGGUUGGUAAAAAUGUAUAUGUAGCUGGGAUGGUGAAUUUACUUGAACAAAUGUAACAGCAAACAUGCACAAGUAUAUCUCAAGAGUUGGUGGUUUUCCUUUUUUUAUACCAUCUAAGGGUUAUCUUUGCAAGUGUAAUGUUUUGCAGUGAAUUCAGGUAUUUGAGGAAAAGAUACAUUCAGGGGCUGAAGCAGCUUCCUGUGCCAUCUGUACACAGAAUGUUUUGUUUGAAUAAAAACUUGAGCUACACUAUAAACUAUUGCUAUAAAAGUACUUUUGCUAAACGUGUUUUAUGAUUUUCUAGUGAGCCACUGUUGAUGCUAUCACUUGGUUUUGUACAUUCAGCUUUCUUGGUAUGCUGUGUGUAAGUACAUUCUGGAUUGUAAGAAUAAAAUUGACUUGCACAUUCUAUUGUGUUUCUCAGGUAUAUCCUAAUAAACAAAUACGCUACUUAAACAUAGGAAGAGCCUGGUUAAAGUUAACGAAGACUGCUCAUUGUGAUAGUUUGGCUGAAGCUGAGAAAUUGAGUCCCAGAGAAUGCAAAACUAUAGGAACUUUAAGGGACAAAACGGAAAAAGUAAGAUAAAAUAACACUCUUUGGGGAUUAUGCCUGUGAUGUUGGUUUGAGAGCAUCAUUUAAUCAGGCAGGGCAGCUUGCCAAAGAAAGGAAUUUGCAAUAAUUUAUUAAAUACUCAGCAGCAUUCCACAUUGUCAAAGGUUACCUGCUGUCAGCUGAAUAACCCAUAAAGGCAAGAAGAUUUAUGCAGCUGUAUCUUUUUAAAAUGUUGAAUAUUUAUCCCCUCUUAAUAAUUGCUAGAGGCCACUUACAAGGGAACUCAUAAAACAGACCAUCAGAAUAGAGAUUGUCAACAAAACUAACUAAAUGUCUAUCUACGAAGUAGCACCACGUGAUGAUUUAGAUGUCACAUCAGAUAGUAAUAAGGCUCCCAGCGGUUUACAGAAACUUGCAAAAAGAGGACUUCCAGAGCUUUCUAAAUCUCUGUUGAGGAAGCACAUUAUGCCUUACAUUAAGGCUAUUUCAUUCAUUUAUUUAUCAUUUAACUUCUCUGGGUGAAAGUUUAAAAUAAUUUAAAAGCAUAAACGGUAUGCUCCAUUAUGAAACAGGCUGGAAACUGCCAAAUAAUGGAGUAUAAAUCUCUAGAAAUGCAGCAACACACCCCUACCUGGCUGAUCAUCCUUCACUAAAUCCUGUAAGGCCUACAGUACGAAUUUUUCAACUGAGCAGCUCAACAUACUCUGUGGUGUUUUUUUUGGUAGCCAGAAUGCGCAAGAGAGCAGUUCUGGCACCUCUCAGGUGGGUGCCAUUGUGUGCUGGCAUGUCCCUGCCUGCUUCUUGCCUUUACCCACUUCUGAGAAGUGCAAAACAAACAUUUCAGGUUAAAAUGGAAGCUGGCCAGCAUGUGCGAGUCUACACUUUUUUUUAGAUCUAUGCACCUAGCCCAGCCGCAAUUGGUCAAGCUACGGGGCAGGGUCAAUUCAUAUUUCUUCAAUCCAUCCUUUGUGUAGCUGCAGGAGUAGACUUUAAUCUUUCCAGCUAGGCGUCUACCGUUGCACACACAGACGUUUGUGCGAGGGCCCUUCUGAGCUGCCCUAGCCACCCACCUGAAUCUGAAAGAUCGAGGGAGGUGGGAGCGCAUUUAUUUGACGUGCACCAGAAUCGGGUGACCCACAAACCAGGUAGGGAGACAGCUUGCCUGAAACCCUUCUAAUUCCUGGAUCCAGCACGGAUUCAACAUUCCUGGUGAUGUUAUGGCCUUCUAAGUAUGGGCCAUCAAAGUAACAAAGGAAGUGGCUCUGUGCCAGAUAACAAAUGGAUAGUUAGAAAGACAAAAGACAGGGUUCAAAGUUGAGUGUGUACGAGCUAGAAGUUAGGCUAAAGGGUCGCUGGCAAAGUUUGCUUCAUGCACCCUCCCCGUUCCACCCUCAGCAAAGUGAGCCAACCGCAGAGGAUAGUGGCAUGCCUGAAGGAGCUGAGGCGGCAGCAGAGAUGCCGCCGGUCCCACUGCUGUUGCUGCAACCACCACUGCCACCCCUCUGCUUGGGCUACUUCUGUGACUAUGAUGCAUUCAUUUUCCAAGGGCAAUGAGGUAUGCGAUGAUGAUGAUGAUGAUGAUGAUAGCAAUUAUGUGUUUCCAUUAAUUUAGCUCAGUGAAGCUUUCUGGGUAUGUUGCUAAACUAAUAAAUGCAUGCUUCUUUUUCGACCUUUAAAUGUCACUGAGAAAUUCUGGUGCUUCUUAGUUGCCUAGUGAGAAGUUAAGCUUUCUUCUUGUGUAGUGAUGCUUGUCUGCCUUAGCCAUUUUGACAGAUGAAGUUUAAAGGUCAAAUUGAAAAUCUUACCUGCUCAGUCCUGAGUUCUGCAAUGUACUGACCACUUGAGAUGUGUCGCCAACCAUUUUCAAUCUUGCCUUGUGCUUUUAUAGUGAGAUGUUCAUUCCAGCAAAAACCACCAAGAGCUUGUAAUGUAUUAAAAUCAUUUUCAGUCUU